CGCGGAGCCACAGGCGCAGCAGGUGGUGGGACCCUUAGCCCAGUGGGCCCAGGCCCAGGACCCAGUUGGGCGGGGCCCAGGCGCAGAGGACAGUGGGAGGGCCACGGUGGGGACGCACAGGGCAGGUGUGAGUCCUGAAGUCAGCGUCCCUGUCCCCCUGGACAGCUGAGGGUGACCUCGGAGCUCCACGUGCAACCUGUGUGUCAAUUUCCCUGCCUGUCAAAGGGACUGGAUUGGGCUGCUGCUCCCUCCACCCCGGCAAGUGGGCCUGCUGUGCGGGUUUGUCCAGACGGAAAUGGACCAGAGGGGUGAAGAUGCCAGUCCGGCGCCACACCGCAGGACACCCCACAGGGCUAGCUCUCAGGGGUCCCCUUUCUCCGUGUCCUGACCCUCAGGAUGUCCAAUGAGACAGCUCAAGGCCCUGGAUUCAGCCUGGGGGAGCCAGAGCAGCAGGACGUGGUGAAGCGUGUGGUGGCCUUGCCCCUCAUCAGGGCCACGUGCACGGCCGUGUCCAGUGCUUACAACUCGGCCAAGGACAAGCACCCGCUGCUGGGUUCGGCCUGUCGCCUGGCCGAGCACUGUGUGUGCAGCGUGACCACCUGCGCCCUGGCCUGCGCUCAGCCGCUGCUGGAGCACCUGCAGCCCCAGUUGGCCACAGUGAACAACCUUGCCUGCAAGGGACUUGACAAACUAGGGGAGAGGCUACCGUUCCUGCAGCAGCCGUCGGACAUGGUGGUGAACUCAGCCAAGGAUGCAGUGACCAACAGUGUCACAGGCAUGGUGGAUCUGGCGCAGCGGGGCCGGCGCUGGAGUGGGGAGCUGAAGCGCUCCAUAAGCCAGGCCGUGGACAUGGUGCUGGGCAAGUCUGAGGAGCUGGUGGACCACUUCCUGCCCAUGACUGAGGAUGAGCUAGCCGCCCUGGCGGCAGAGGCCGAGGGCCCAGAAGUUGGCUCUGUGGAGGAGCAGAGGCGGCAACAGGGCUACUUUGUGCGUCUGGGAUCCCUGUCGGCGCGCCUCCGCCAUCUGGCCUAUGAACACUCUUUGGGGAAAUUAAGGCAGAGCAAACACCGCACCCAGGACACCCUGACCCAGCUGCAGGAGACCCUGGAGCUGAUCCACCGUAUGCAGACUGGGACAAGUCCCACCCCCACUCCCUAUCCCCCAAAGGUGCAGGAGCUGUGGGGAGACUGGAGUCCAUGGCCGGAAAAUGGGCGCAGACACAGCCAGGUGGAGCUGGAGACGCUGGCCCUGUCUCGUAGCCUGACUCUGGAGCUUCAGAGCGCAGUGGACGCGCUGGCGGGCUGCGUGCGGGGCCUGCCACCUGGUGCCCGGGCCAAGGUGGCGGAGGUUCAGCGAAGCGUUGAUGCCCUGCAGGCCGCCUUCGCCGACGCCCGAUGCUUGCGGGAUGUGGCGCCUGCCGCUCUGGCCGAGGGCCGGGGCCGCGUGGCCCGGGCGCACGCCUGCGUGGACGAGCUGCUGGACUCAGUCCUGCGGGCCAUGCCCCUGCCCUGGCUCGUGGGGCCCUUUGCGCCCAUCCUGGUGGAGCGGCCCGAGCCCCUGGCCGACCUGGCCGCCUGCGUGGACGAGGUGGUGGGUGACCCGGACCCGCGCUGGGCACACAUGGACUGGCCGGCCCAGCAGAGGGCCUGGGAGGUAGAGCACGCAGACCCGCCGGCCCCGGCCGAGCCUCAGAGCGACCCGCCCAAGCACAGGCUGAUGCCGGAGCUGGACUUCUAACCACCGAGGCCCCUGCUGCCCCCUGGUGGUCACAUGGCCGCGCUCACGGCAGGCCGCUCUCUCCCGUGAUCCUGACCCCACCUUCAAAAUUGGCACACAGCUGUCAUGCCAGCGCUUGAGAGGCUGAGGCAGGAGGAUUGAGAUUUGAGGGCAGCUUGAGCUGCCUUAGCAAGACUGUCAAAAAAAAUAAAUAAAAAGGUAGCUCUGGGCUCUGAGGAA